AUGUCUCGUGCCCUCAACCCUCAACUCUUGGAGGCCACGCGGCACAGAUCCUCACAAGAAAAUGCCCCAGGCUGCACUGCAGAAGCACAAGAUACAAUCCCAGCGUCCCAGUCAAAUGCCCCAGUUCAGCCUGGCCGCCAGCCCUUUGUUAGUCAGGCGCGGGCAACGGAGCUGGGUCGCACAUGCCUUCCUUUCCAAGACAUGGAAGAACUCAUUCGAGACGGCAGGGCGGGUCCUCUCCGACGGUGCCGGCGCUGGUGCGAGCCAUCGUCAAUGUCCCUUUUGUUAGUGAGCUACCGCGAUCUGGCCCCGCUGGCCUGGCCCUCAGAGUACCCUGGCAUCAGCAACCACCAUACCCCUGCUGCGACCAACCAGCGCGGCCAAUCGCAGCUGAGGCCAGCUUUUCUUUUCCAAUGUUCCAAUGACAGCGACAACGCCACCAUCCGGAAGCUGUUCCAUGUGCCAAAGGCCUCUCGACCAGCCCGUCCCGUCCAAUUCGUCUUUGCAAGCGUUUUGAACAACCGUUGUACACUACUACUUACAGAUUUGACCAUGAUGCACUUGCGCUUUUAA